UGCUAAGCUGCACAUUUGCCACUGUGCUGCUUGCAAUGUGAUGGUGCCAUGGCGUUCCUUUCGAGAAACGCGAGAGUGGCCGCCCGAGCUUGGCGAUGGAGCUCGACGCAGUCUCAAACGACUGCCAGUGGGCCCACCGGAGCUGGAGCAACUUUUCAGAAAAUGGCCGAUGCCUUGAACGACGCUGAGGGUGGCUUGAAGCAGAAGAUGCGGACUGCCAAAGCCGGCAGAGUCCAAGCAGCGGAUGCGAUACAGUAUGAAAAAGAGACCUUGAUGAAGGAGUUGAUCCGCAAGCACAUUCAAGACAUGCCCAUGAAGAUGAGCCCAGUGAGUGUAUACUAUAUCUUGAAAAAAGAUAUCCAGAACAUCUUCCGUCUUGUUCGUGAAGCAGAAGAAGCCAAACUGAAGGCAGAAAUGGGCCACCGCAAACAAAGGACAGAACCACCAGCAGAAAGUGAGGCUGGAGCUCAAUCAAGCAACAAAGCUGCUACACAGGCACCAGGUCUGGAGCCAGCAGAAACUGGAACUGGUUCUGCUGAGCCGCCGGAAACGGGGCAUGCUGAAUCGGAGCCACAAAUACUGGACGAGGAGGGCUAUGAGAGCUUCAACGCAUGGCGAAGAGAGACCAAAAGAACGCCAAGAGAUGAGGCGUUUGAGCUUUUCAUGCAGCUUUACAAAGCAGAGCGUGAGGGGCACUUCGCCCAGAGGCGAUGGGACAUCACCCGGAGAAAAAGGUCCCGCCGCGUCUUCGGCCUGCUCAACCGGGGCUACAAGGAGGUGGAGGAGGAGCAUGAAGCUCAGGAGGAGGAGUUUUCAGACGACUGGCGCAAAAAGUCAAUCCUGGAAGAUCUAUGGAAAGCUGAGUACUACCGGCAUCAUCACAGAAGACUCCGUGAGGACAUCCCUGAGCGCGAGUCGCCUGGUCGCCUGGCGCUGCGCACGGACCAAGUGGCCGAUGUGGUGGCCUCGGCCCUGCGCUCGGAGUAUGCGGAUCAGAACCGCCCGGUGCUGACGCACGAGCUGGCGGACUACGAGAACCCGUACAUGAUGAAGAGGAGCGCCAUGGAGCGACUGCUGCAGGAGCGCUGCGUGCGCAACCAGCUGGACGAGCGGGUCAUGCCGCGACUUUUGGACAAGGACCCGGACCUGGUGAAGCUGCGGCGCGAGGCCGCGCUGCCGCCGGAGGUGCUGGAACCCUUGGCGGCCUUCAGGGGAGAUGUGCGGUGGAACUUUGAUGCCCGAGAGCGGUUGGCACAGAAGGUGGACGCGGCGAGCGCUGCCUUGGACAUGAUUUCAAAGGAGGAAGCGCCCAAGCCGGACGUUGCUGCGGUCACCCAGGGUUUGCCAGAGAACUUGGUGGACGACGCCGCGUCGAAGCUUCCCGGCUUGCACCACCCGUGGCGCAACCAUGUAGGAUUCGACACCGCGGUGCCCAGAGGAAUGGCCGGCGGCACGAAGUUCGGCCAGCCGGAGCCUGCGCUGCAGGCGCAGGUCACGCGCCUGCGAUAUCCCACCCUGCAGCGCGUGGCACACACGCUCCCUGCGGAUCCCAAGUGGCGGGCACACGUGGUGCGAUCGAUUCGGGUCCUGGAGCGGUCCAAGGACUGGGACUUCAAGUCCAAGCUGGAAGCCAUGAACCGCAUGAAAGAGGUGUACGACUCACUGAAACCCAGUGAGGUUUACACCGCUGGAUUGGAUGAAAAACUGGUGGUGAACCGGGUGGCGUCUCACAUCAAGCGCAAGUAUGCCCGCGACGCUGAAUAUGUCAAGACCUACCGGAAGAGAUGGCUGAAAGAGAAGAGCUUCUACCGCUACAGGCCCAGCCUCACUGCCACUGCACCACUGAAGAAGGAGAAGAAGAAGUGAAGGGCAAUGACAAUUCGUUUCACCUUGGAUUGCCAGCAGU